AUAUUUUUCUUACAAGCACACAUGACAUGACAAAAUUGUGUGUUAAAAUCUUGUAUGGUGAGGAGUCUCUCUCUCACCACAUGUUGCUCCAGCGUUCAACUGAGAACCACGUCGUCAUCUUCCCUCCGCUAACAUCAAGAAACAAAGACCAAUACCUCUCUCUCUCUCUCUUGCACUCGCUGACACACACACACCUUCGUCGUCCAUGGCGUUGCGAUUGAGUGGUGGCGGUAUUGGAACUAACUUUCCUCACUUCUUCCAACCCUUUUCAUCUUUCAAGUCCAAACGCACAACCCCAACUGUUUUGGCGCGAGUUUCCAACAAUGCCUUAGAGACCUCUUCCAACGGUUAUCCUUCUCCAACGCUCACUCACAACUUCCCAGGCAAACCCGAGGCAGAUGUUAUCAUCAUAGGGAGUGGAAUUGGUGGGCUGUGUUGUGGUGCACUUCUGGCUAGAUAUAAUCAAGACGUUCUGGUAUUAGAAAGCCAUGAUCGACCGGGAGGUGCCGCUCAUUCCUUUGAGAUAAAAGACUACAAGUUUGACUCUGGUCCGUCUUUGUUCUCUGGUUUUCAAUCGAGGGGUCCUCAGGCAAACCCUCUAGCACAAGUCCUUGAUGCAUUGGACGAAUCGCUUCCUUGUGCAACCUAUGACUCAUGGAUGGUAUACAUACCAGAAGGUGAAUUUUUGUCUCGCAUUGGCCCCACAGACUUUUUCAAGGAUCUCCAGACAUACGCUGGUCCAGAUGCUGAGAAAGAAUGGAGAAAACUUCUAGACGCAAUACUUCCACUAUCUACAGCUGCAAUGGCCCUUCCUCCUCUAUCCAUCCGGGGUGACUGGGGUGUUCUCUCAACUGCUGGUGCUAGAUACGCCCCCUCUCUAUUAAAAUCUUUUGCUCAAAUGGGACCUCAAGGAGCUCUAGGUGCUACAAAGCUCCUCAGACCCUUCUCAGAGAUAAUCAACUCCUUGGGGCUGAAAGAUCCUUUUAUACGAAAUUGGGUGGAUCUUCUAGCCUUUUUGCUUGCAGGGGUGAAGACUGAUGGUAUACUAUCUGCAGAGAUGAUAUACAUGUUCUCAGAAUGGUAUAAACCAGGAUGCUGUUUAGAGUAUCCUCUUCAUGGAAGUGGUGCAGUUGUCGAUGCUCUUGUGCGAGGUCUAGAGAAGUUUAAUGGCCGACUUUCUCUUAGAAGCCAUGUGGAAAAUAUUGUUGUUGAAGAUGGUAGAGCUAUAGGAGUGAAGCUAAGAGGCGGACAAUUUGUCCGAGCUAAAAAGGCUGUGGUCAGCAAUGCAUCUAUGUGGGACACAUUGAAUCUGUUGCCUAAGGAAGUCGUUCCGAAACCUUAUCAAGAGAGGAUACAAAUGACCCCACAAUGUGAAUCAUUUAUGCAUCUACAUUUGGGGUUUGAUGCCGAGGGUGUACGUGAAGACCUGGGAAUCCAUCACAUAGUUGUUAAUGACUGGGAGAGAGGAGUUGACGCCGAUCAGAACGUUGUUCUAAUAUCUGUACCCAGUGUGCUAAGCCCUGAUCUUGCGCCACCCGGUAAACAUGUGUUGCAUGCCUAUACACCUGGAACCGAGCCGUUUGAGCUUUGGGAAGGUCUCGACCGCAGAAGUAAUGAGUACAAGGAACUGAAGGCUCAAAGGAGUGAGGUAAUGUGGAAAGCUGUGGAACGUGCUCUUGGUCCAGGUUUCGAUCGUGAGAAAUGUGAGGUUAAGUUGGUGGGAACUCCAUUAACGCACCAAAGGUUUUUGAGGCGGAACAGAGGAACUUACGGUCCUGCCAUAAAAGCCGGGAAGGGUUCGUUCCCUGGGCACUCAACCCCAAUCCCACAGCUCUUUUGCUGUGGGGACUCGACGUUUCCAGGUAUUGGUGUCCCCGCAGUUGCUGCCAGUGGUGCCAUAGUGGCUAACUCACUUGUUUCAGUGUCUCAACACUGUGAGCUACUUGAUGCUGUAGGAAUAUAGAGAUAUUGGUCCCUCUGUAUCUUAUUGUUAAGAGUUGCAUGAGGAUCAAAACAUACAUUGAUUGUGAGUACUUUGCAGGUGAAUAGCAUAACAACAUGAGCUGUAUUUCAUGGGAAAUGUAAAUCUUUACUUAUAUAGGAAACAAAAAAUUGAGUUGUUCAAAUGUCAUACUUUUCAAUUAAAUCACUUUUGGAUCAUUUGGGA